CUUGCUCACUCAAAUUCUCUCAAGUUUUUGUUUCGUCACGUCAGGAAUCAAACACGAUUCUUAGAAACCAAAGAGAAGACAGAAAAUGGCGCCUAGAGGAAGAAAAAAGAUUGGAUUGAGGCGAGAGGAUGCAGCACGAGACCGCAUGAAAGAGUAUGGGUUUGACAAGCGUGUUAUCAGUGCGAGUAUCAAGCAUGUGCUAGAGGUGUAUGGUGAGGACCAAUGGUUUCUGAUUGAAGAUGGUAACUAUGCUGCCCUCCUUUCUAUCUGUCUGGAAAAGCAAGAGGAGCAAGGUAAACAAAUGGUGGCCGAGGAACGAGAAGAAAUGGGUCUGAUAAAACAAGAAGAGGAAGAAGAAAAGGAGGCUGAUGCGUUAUUGAUCACUAACAAAGCAAUCAUGGACUCAUCAACGCCAGCUUUUCAAUUCGCAGAAGCAUCAGUAGAUUAUGCACAUCAUUCUGGUGGAGAUGCCCAGAGUUCUCACUGUGGGUGGCUAAGCAGCGAGGAGGAGACAGAUCCGGAUAAGGAAAGUGAUGGUGAUGGUGAUGAGAUGAUUCAGCUCACUCCAGAACCUCUAUGUGAAGAACUUGAAGAGCUUCUCAGGGAAGUAUAUAGACAGAAGAAGAUGAAGCACAACUAAGCUCAUGUAACUGCAGUUGAUAUAUAUAUCAGAGUUAAGUUAAGAAACUAGUAAGUACAGUGAAAAAGUAAGCUAGUAUUGGAGACUUAACAAGUUAAUAUAUUGGUUUAAUUUAGUUUUUAAGAAAAUUUGUGAUGA